GCAAUCUUCAUAUAAUACCUCCUAAAUCUUUAGGAUUUAUUUAUUAUUUAUUGAUCAGAAAUGUGAAAUGGCGGUGAGCUGAAAUUUUUGCCUAAAAUUUAUUUUCUUCCAUUUUUCUCUCUCUUUCUCUCUCUGGGCCUCAGUUUUUUCCUGCAACUCCGCUAGCUUUUCGCCGUCAUCUACGUCCACUUGGAUCCUCCGUUGUUUCUCUCUCUCUCUAAAUUGGGGGGUUUUUCUCUUUCUUCGAGCUCAGUUUCUGACUCUUAGAUUGAACUUUUGACAACUUUUAUUCUGAUUUUCAACCAGUUUUACAUUUUCAAUACAUAUGGAUUAGCGUAGUCUGGCUAAGUUCGAGGAAUUCUGAUUUUCCCCAAAACCCAGUUCAUCUUCUUUUUAGGUUUUUUUAUUCUUUUUCUUGGUUGGUUAGUAAGAUUUUCAGGUUCUAUACUGAAUAAUUUCGUGCUGAGGGUUCCUUCCUGUUCUUCAAUUUCACAGCUUAGCUUCUUCUUCUUCUUCUUCUUCUUUUCUUUUUUUUAUUAGUUUUGAGAGUAUCCGUCUGGAAAUUACCGAUUAAUUAAUUAAUCAUAAGCUGGGUUUUGUGUGUUUUUUAUUGGAGUAUUACGAAAAGUGAAAAAGAAUGAAUUUUUAAACUGAAUUUGGAGGUUUUAGUGACGGAUCUUUGGAUAGAUAGCCAUUAAAGAAUUGGUUUUUGACUGAUACUUUACUUAUUUAACUAAAUUUUAUAUAUCUUUUUUUAAUUUAAAUCCGGCUGAUAAGGACUUUAGUAUUUUAAAGAAAGAUUUUAUUCUGUAAAAUUAUUACUGCGGACCAUUUUUUUUUUUCUUUUUUGUUUCUCCCUGUUAAGUUUAACUGGGAUUGUCUUAUAGUGGGGGUGUUUUUGGUCGGGCUUUUAUGUCUUCUUCAGCGCGGUUGGCUUUCUACAUGUUUUUGGGUUCUUUGAACUAAAGCAUUCCUUGUCAAGGCAGUGUGUGGGAGCUACCUACCAAUAAUGGCAGAGUUCUUGGAUCUUUGGGGCAUCUCUGAAUAACAAAGGGAUUCCAGCUCUUUCCACCAUGCCUUUGUCUGAGCUAUAUCGAAUGGCCAAAGGGAAGCUUGAUUCGAAUCAAGAUUUUGAAAUUGGGAAUGAUAUUUUUGAGCUAGUAUGGGAGAAUGGUCAGGUUACGAUGCAAGGUCAGUCCAGUAGAGCUAAAAAGGGUCCAAGUUGUAAUAGCUUACCAUCUCAUUGUUUACCAUCUUAUAACCUCAAGACUCGAGAUAAAGAUAUAGGAAACGGUACAAUUUCAAGGACGGGAAAGUUUGGGACAGUGGGCUCCGGAUUGGAUGAAAUUCCAAUGUCGGUACCAUCUGCUGAAAUGGGUUUGAAUCAAGAUGAUGACAUGAUGCCAUGGUUGAAUUAUCCAAUUGAGGAAUCUUUGCAGCAUGAUUAUUGUCCUGAUUUCUUACCUGAAUUAUCUGGUGUCACUGUAAAUGAACUUUCUGCAGCUGACAAUUUUGCUUGUGUAGAUAGGAGGAGUAGUUGUAAUCAGGUAUAUAGGGAUUCCAAUACAAAUCCUGUCCAUGGGGAUGGCAGUUUAGAGCAAAGGAAUGUUUCAAAGGUCGCUUCAGUGGGUGGAGGUGAGGUUAGUAGACCUAGACCUGGCUCUAGUCAGUUAUGCCCUUCAUCAUCAUCACAGCAAUGCCAAACUUCCUUUCCAUCUCUUAGAUCAAGGGUUUCGGAUAUCGUCGGUGAUAAUACAAGUAGUGUUGCCCACCAAGCUGUUUGCCGUGAUUCACCUCGAGUUCCUUCGCCUGGUGGUUUUCCUAGUAAAAAAAUGCAGAAGCUAGAUGCUGUUCCACCUGGUAGUACCCCCGCUAUAAUGAAUUUUUCACAUUUCUCACGACCGGCUGCUCUUGUAAAAGCUAAUCUUCAAAAUAUAGGUGCAACAACGGGCUCAGCUUUACCAAGCAUGCAUAGGGUGACUAAUAAGGAGAAGGGUGCUGCUGCUAGUAGUAAUAAUCCUCCUGAGUCAGCACCAAACAGUUCAAGUGUUGGGUUAAGAAAGGAGACAAGUUCUCCCUGCCAAAAUGUGGCUUCCAAUGUUGAUUUAAAACCUUCAGAUGCUAUGCCUGUUGAGGAACCAUUUGCUGCUAAACAGUCUGAGGCCGUUUGCCAGGAGGAUGCCUCUAAGAAUGAUACAAACUCCAAUCAGCUUUUUUGUGAAAGUGCAGUUAGAGGUUUUCCAGAUGGUGAAAGGACCGCGGAGCCUGUAGUUGCUUCUUCCUCUGUUUGCUCGGGGAAUAGUGUGGAGAGAGUUUCUGAUGAUCCAACGCAUCUCUUGAAGAGAAAAUGUCGGGACACAGAGGACUCUGAGUGCCAUAGUGAAGAUGCUGAUGAAGAAUCUGUGGGUGUGAAAAAAAUAGCUGCUGCUCGGGCCUCGGGUUCCAAGAGAAGCAGAGCAGCUGAAGUGCAUAAUCUAUCUGAAAGGAGACGAAGAGAUAGGAUCAAUGAGAAGAUGCGUGCCUUGCAAGAACUCAUACCAAAUUGCAAUAAGGUGGACAAAGCUUCAAUGCUUGAUGAGGCUAUUGAGUACUUGAAGACACUUCAACUUCAAGUACAGAUUAUGUCUAUGGGAGCUGGUUUGUAUAUGCCACCAAUGAUGUUACCAACAGGGAUGCAACACAUGCAUGCACCUCAUAUGGCUCAUUUCUCACCCAUGGGUGUUGGAAUGGGAAUGGGUUUGAGCAUGGGUUUCGGGAUGGGUAUGCCUGACAUGAAUGGUGGGUCCUCUGGUUAUCCCAUGAUUCAGGUGCCUUCCAUGCAAGGAGCACAUUUCCCUGGCCCGCCUAUGUCAGGGCAUACUGCCUUUCAUGGGAUGACAGGAUCUAACCUUCAGAUGUUUGGGCUUCAUGGUCAAGGACUUCCAAUGCCUAUGCAACGUCCUCCCUUAGUUCCUAUGACAGGAGGUCCUUUUAUGAAGUCAGCUGUGGGACCUAAUGUCUGUGGGGCAAGUGGUCCUAUGGAAAAUGUGGAGUCAGCUCCACCCUCUACCUCAACAGAUCCUGUGCAGAAUAUGAGCUCUCAAGUGAUGCAAAACCCUGGUGCCAAUAGCUCUAUGAAUCAGACAUCUAGUCAGUGCCAACCAACAACUGAAAGAUUUGAGCAGUCCACUUUGGUGCAAAAUAAUGUUCAAGCUCCUGAUGUAAAUGGAGGCAGGGCUGAAGGAAAUGACCUUGUACCUAGUGGAGCAGCCACAUAAAAACGCGCAAACAUCAUGAUUGACAGCAAACUUAUUCCCACUUCUGUGUUCAGGUUAUGAUUGACAACCAGUUGACUAAUUGUGGAUCAAAGAGGAGAUAAAACGCAUUGUGGCGGCCGUUUUUGGGGAUUGAACCCUUUUGCUUGUUUGUAAUCUGGGAAAAUUGAAAUGGAAGUACCAGCCUACUAGGAGAGGGUAACUUGGGGGAAAGUGGAGGAGGUUGAAGCCUUUACAGUAACAAAUCUGAAUUUAAUAUUAUAACAGUAUCGGUUACAUAAUGCAUAGAUUUUGGUACCUUUCUUGAGAAUGAGAGUCAUUUCCUUUUGUAAAUUAACCCAGUUACCUUGUGCAGUUUAAAUGCAAUGUGAGAGUUCAAUACACCGUUCGUAUAAUGUAUUCAAGUGUGUUUGGGACCCUAUCAUCAUAACAAUUCUUUCAUUUGAUGUCAUGUACUAAUGUCUCUGCUCUAUCUCUCUGCUCUAUUGAAGCCUAACCCUUUAGCCAAUCUAAUCUUUCUUUAUGAUUCAA